GAGAGAGAGGGAGAGGUGUGGGUCAAAGAAGUGAAAGUGCAAUGUUAGGAAAAGUAAAGAAGUGGUAAGUUUUUAGAUAAGGUGGGUCUAUAAGCCAUUGUCCUCUGUCUUCUGGGAAUGUAUCAAAGGCAUGUCACAUCCAGUCUCUCGAGAAGAGCCCCGGGGAACCAUGACGACAGUACAUUUAAAUACCUGGGUGUCAAUGGUGGAGAGCUGUUUGGUCGCUUGCACCGUUAGGAGAAGAGUGAAGCCGAGUCGGGAGGAAAAGCCAUUACAUUUACAGAAGAAUACUGAUGAGUAUGUUGAGGAAUGUCAUUUAAUUUAGAAAAUUCUGCACUCAAUUUUUGAUGGGGUCGGCGCAAGGCGUUCCCAGGUAAUUAGAACCGAACCAUGAAGCAGAACCGAUUCAGUUCAAAUUGUCUAGAUUAAUUUAAAAUAGCAGAGGAGAAAGUGGUCCACUAUACAGCACUUUUUGACUAAUAGCAAGGGGGAAUUGAAAAACUUCGAUUUAGGCUUACCCUUUUCAUGAAGUUGUGUAGAAAAGUUAUGGAGACUCAUUUCGCAGUCUGAAACGGGCUCCUCUCGUGAAAAACAGGUCAGACUGAUUCAUUCAAGUGUCAUUACAUCAGUCAAUACUUCAGUUGUAUAUUGACUCACCAUUUAUACAUGUUUGAGUGAAUACACUAAAUGUUACAUUAUUACAUUACAUUAUUGCACAAUCGUGUCCAAGUGGACUGCUGAAAUGCAGUAGUUUUCCGAAGAUAUAUUUGGAUUUCCCUCUAAAAUCACCUCUAAUCCCACAUGUUUUUUAAACAACUAAUUUAGGAUUAUCUUGUAGCAUGUUAGCUUAGUCCUGCAACUAGCCAUUCAAAUGACCAUUUAUAUGAACAAUGUAGACCUAUAAUAGAAAUCUGUAACAUUAAAAGUAAAAGUCAAAAUUGUUCAUAUAAAUAGUCAUUUAAAUGGCUAGUUGCGGGAUGAAGCUCGUAGCUGUUAGAUCUACUGCUGAUGUCAUGUCAGUCCAACAGAUCCGUCUCUGAUCUCUUCCCCGAGAUGAGGCUUCUGUGGAGCGGUGGCUCCUGUGGAAGGGCUAUGAUUAUGCCUUCACCCCCCUCCCUCAGCAGGCCGUGGGUUUGGAUGGUGGUGGUGGUCAUAUGGCUCCCUGGUGCUCUGGAGAAGUGUAUCUUUGAUGAGGUUCAGCAGUCGGUCACAGUGGUCACCACACCCACGGAUCCAGACGGAUCUCACCCUAAGACGACGGCCAGUAACAAUGUCGGGCAUCAGAUUCGGCUUCCUGCUUCAGAGGACACAGCUAAUCCUUUUCAAAUUCCUUCAUUUGCGCUUCAACUUUCUUCAUCCCAGAGACACCACAGGAAGAGCACAAGAGAGCUGGCUCCACCCACAAACCAUCCACAGCCAAUCAGGAUCCACACCUGGGUUCCGAGGGAUAGCCCCGCCCUGUCUCAGGUGGAAAGCGAGAGACUGGAGCCAGCAGUCAGGGAGGCUGUGGGCAUCAUGUCCAACUUGCUGUCAGUAAACAGAGUCCCUGGUCAUCUGCUGCUCAGCAGAAACAUCAACAAGUACUGCAAAUUCAUAUGGCGGAACGCCAACGCUGCCAACUAUAACAAGUCUGUGUGUUACAACUGUAUACCUCGCUAUAUGUGUGUAUUUGUCCAUUUCUUUACAUAUAUAUUGGAUUUUCUACUGUUAUUGGUCGGUGAAUCAUUUCAACCAAUCAAAGAUUUCCAUUUCCGCAGGUGUGGCCGAGCCAAUGAGAACUACAGGACGGAGACCUGUCUGGAUGUCAUUAUCCCAGAUGAUCACCUGAGGGGUUGUUCCGUGUACUCAGAGCCUGAUGCACCAACCAUGACUGUGAUAAGGCCUGAGGGGGCGGGACUUCCUGACACUGACUUCCUACUUUACCUCCACGCACAGAGUACCGACAAGUGUCGAGCGGAGCCCAGUGUGUUGGCCUAUGCAGUGCACUGCCAGACUGACUCCCAGGGUCGACCUCUGGCUGGAGUGGUGGUCAUCUGUAGGGACAGACUGACUGGGGAGGGAUACAGCCACCAAGGCACUGUGCAGACAGUGAUCCAUGAGUUGUUCCAUGCAUUGGGUUUCUCCAAAGAACUCUUCAGCACCUGGAGAGACUGCUCCUACUCACAACCUGGGAUGGGCUGUUCCCCCCGGGGUCAGGUGACUAACACAGAUGAGACAGGUCAGGUCAGGAUCUACACCCAAUCAGUGAUCAGAGCCCUGCAGGAACACCUGUCAUCUACUGACCCUGACCUGGGAGGACCACUGGAGAACCUGGAUGUAGGUUCUAGUGGUCUGUCCUCUCACUGGGAGUCCAGGGUGCUACAGGGUUCCAUCAUGGCUGCAACCCUGGGGGAUCCAGCUAUGGUGCGUGUCGACCCGGUCACCCUGGCCGCCCUACAGGACACGGGCUGGUACUCUGUCAACCACAGCCGAGCACAGGGCCUGGUGUGGGGAAAGGGUGAGGGAGCAAUGUUUGGAUUACUGUCCACCUGCCAUGACAACUCCUCCUCAUUUUUCUGCACGGGCAGUGGUUUAGGGUGUCAUUAUCUUCACCGCCACAAGGGGGAGUGCCAGACUGACGCUCACCUGGAUGGGUGCCGCAUUUACAAACCUCUAAUGAGUGAGUGCUGGAAAGAGGAUAAUGAGAGAGAGACUGAAACAGAGUGGAGUGGAGAGUUGUACCGUAUAGACAGCCGAUGCUUCUUCUCUAACCUGAGCAGAGAGAAUGUCUCCCUGUCUGUCAGUGACUCUGUGGUGGGGCGUUGUUAUAGACACAGGUGUACUGGGCUGAACCGGUAUCAGAUACAGGUGUCUGGCUCUGACUGGUUGGACUGCCCAGUAGGAAGCACCAUUGAGGUGACAGGUUACAGGGGGCUAGUUGCAUGUCCUGACAAGAGGUUGUGUUAUUACCCUGACAUUGGUCUCUCCAUCGACAACCAGGACCCCCACUCUCCAGCUGCCUCUACUAAAGGCACAGUGACUACUGAGAACGAUCCCCUGUUAUAUCAGAACACAAUCCCUGACCCGAGCCUGACCUUUGACCCUGCCCCUACUUGUGCAGAACCAGGGGUCAGUACAGACACCACGUUGGCUGCAGUCCUGGUGGUCAGUGCUGCUGUCGGUCUCCUGGCUGCCCUGAUGGUGGUCUACAGGAGGUACCGCUUCUCCAGAGUCAGGGUGCAUGCUGCCCCUGAGGCUCCCAGGGUUCUGCAGUUGCACUCGACCCAAAGUGAUUCAAAUAACUGCUAAUGGAAACUGGGUGUCCAUUAUAGCACAGUCUUGUGCACUGGUGUAAAUGGUUACUUAAUCAAGUAGGUGGUGUUUGUACAUUAUUUAUCAGAGGGGGAAAUUGACUAUUUGUUAAGUUGAACUGUACAAAUGAAAAAAGUACACUAGAGUAAAGAGCAAUGCGAUGCUGAGGUGUUCUAAUUGUCCCAUGGAUUUGUUGUUCAACAUGGAUUUAGCUUUAACACUAUGUUAACCUGAAAUAACAAUGAAUUAUGUGAGCGUU